ACUUUAUUUAAAGAGAUAGUUCUCCUCCCCCUAGCUCCAUCACCUUUCUCCCUUUCCCCUCACCCUUUCCAACCCUACUCCGUCGUCAUGGCCGUGCUCCCGAUCAAUGACUCCUCGAGCUCCGAUGAUGAUGGUCGCCCCAAGCGGACUGGUACGUUUUGGACAGCAAGUGCUCAUAUAAUCACAGCCGUAAUUGGUUCGGGUGUGUUAUCGUUAGCAUGGGCGAUCGCUCAGCUCGGAUGGAUUGCCGGUCCCAUCGUGAUGCUCCUAUUUGCCUUCAUAAGUUACUAUACCUCUUGUUUGCUCACUGAUUGCUAUCGCUCCAACGACUCAGUUAACGCCAAGAGAAACUAUACUUACAUGCAUGCAGUCCGCUCCUUCCUAGGCAGAGGUCAAACAGUAGUAUGUGGAGUAAUACAAUACAUGGACUUGAUUGGAGUCGCAAUCGGAUAUACAAUCGCGUCAUCGAUCAGCAUGAUGGCGGUUAAACGGUCAAAUUGCUUCCACAAAAGUGGGGGAAAGAGUCCAUGUCGUAUGUCAAGCAAUCCAUUUAUGGUAUCAUUUGGAGUUGUGGAGAUAAUUUUGUCUCAAAUUCCAAAAUUUGACCAAAUUUGGUGGCUCUCCACAGUGGCUGCUAUCAUGUCGUUUACAUAUUCAACCAUUGGCCUUGCUCUUGGGAUUGCCAAAGUUGCAGAAAAUGGGAGUUUUAAAGGAACAGUGACUGAAACCCAAAAGAUUUGGAGAACUUUUCAAGCACUUGGAGAUAUUGCUUUUGCCUAUUCUUUUUCAGUUAUCCUUAUUGAAAUUCAGGACACAAUCAGAUGCCCACCAUCAGAAGCAAAGACAAUGAAGAAGGCCUCAGGAUUCAGCAUUGCAGUGACCACAAUCUUCUACCUACUUUGUGGAUGCAUGGGCUAUGCAGCCUUUGGCAACAACGCCCCAGGCAACCUCUUGACAGGCUUUGGCUUCUACAACCCGUAUUGGCUCCUCGACAUCGCCAACGUCGCCAUCGUCGUCCAUCUCGUCGGCGCCUACCAAGUCUUCUGUCAGCCCGUCUUUGCCUUCGUCGAGAAGACGGCAGCUCAAACAUGGCCCGAUUCCGCCUUCAUCACCAAACAUUACAGGCUCUCCCUCUCUUCCUCUCGCUCGUACAAUAUCAACUUCUUUCGACUUGUAUGGCGAACCCUUUUCGUGUGCUUCACCACCGUCGUCGCCAUGUUGCUCCCGUUCUUUAACGACAUCGUCGGGAUUAUGGGGGCCUUCCAAUUCUGGCCGUUGUCGGUCUACUUUCCGGUUCAGAUGUAUAUUGUUCAGAAGAAGAUAGCUAAAUGGAGUGUGAAGUGGGUAUGUGUUCAAACUAUGAGCAUGGGAUGCCUUUUGAUAUCCAUUGCUGCUGGUGUGGGCUCUCUUAUUGGUGUUGUGCUUGAUCUUAAGGUUUAUAAGCCUUUCAUCACAAGAUAUUGAACAUUCAAAGCUUUGAACUUGUCAUGUAUUGAGGAAAGGAAGUGGAAAGUCUUUCCCUUAACUCUCUUUUAUGUAUAAUAGUUGUUUAUGUAUCGGUAAUUUACGAUCUCUAGUUCAAAAUCAAUACAAUUUCGAGCAAGUUUAGA